UAACUUAAUUUGGUACGAACAUCGAAGUGAUCGAAGUCGUCUAAGUAGAGCAAGGGGAUUCAAACAAAACGUCAUUAUAAAAGGAGCUUAACGGUAAAUAGAUAUCGUAUAGUUUACAGGUGUAGUGCACGAAAUUCAGCAGAACCAUGCAAUUCGCCCAGAAUUAUUUGAACGCUGAAAGGCCCCGCCCCUCAGUUUUCGGGCAAUUCGUUCCUAGUGGAUUCACUGGUAAUGACAGUUCUGCAGGCUGGCUCCAGGUUCCACCAUCACAAAUGCCUUGGGGUAUUCCUAUGGCUGAUCAGCCCACAAUUGUGAGAUUCACUGCCGAAUCUUCCUCCAGUAUGAAGUCAUCAGAGAUGUGUGCUUAUGGUUUCACCCAAGCUAAGAGGAAGUGUGAUUCAGAGGAGACACUGUUACCAGCGAAGCAGCACAUCACCGAAGAAAAGAUGGCAGCACACCUGAGUCAGCUACACAUUAGUCCAGAUUACACACCCCCCCAAGAGCUUGAACCAAGAGAGGAUCAGCAGCAGCAACUGAAACGCCUUGUGCUCUGUGAAGAGCUCAGGAAGCUAAAGCAGGAGCCUAUAUUGCCCUCUUCUUUGCUUUCCAGAUUGGAAAAACCAAACAUGGCCCUAGUGCUGUGGGAGCCCCCUGCUGGAAGUAUCGACCCAUUACUCAGCAGAGAAGGAAGAGGUCAAACAGAAGAAGACAAUAACAACACAAGUGUGGUGGACCUCAACUCCAUUUCUACACCAGGAUUCCCUGCUUCAGAAGAUUCUAUGAUGGACCUGUGAGUGCUGCAGCAGUGUGUGUGAUCAGUUGACAGAAAGGAAGUGUGUGUUUAAAUUAUCUGUGCUGCAUAAAAAUGUGACGUUACAGUCACAGUGAGUGUAUGUAACUGUGACAAUUGCAUCCAUAGAAGUAGUAGGGGAUUUUUGCAUCUGGUCUCAAGCACUAUGUUUAAGAUACACCAGUAUUUUUAAUUGUUACAUGAAAGAUGCUAAUACAUAAUUUAGGCCAUUAUAUGCCCAGUUAAUUUUUAAUAUCUUCAGAUUUUUCUGCUAUGAAAAUCAUUUUAUGUGCAGUUUCAUUGUUUUAUUAAAUUCAAAUGACUUUCCACCAUUUUGUUUUAACCCCUUAUCAUCUGGAUUAAUUAUGAGCAUAAUUCUCACUAGUCCACCUUGAAUAUGACAGAUAUUUGUAAACUUUAAUCUGUCUGAGGUACUUUGAAGAAAAUCAGUAACAGAUGGUGGUAAGGUUGUCAGCC